AUGGGUUUAUAUCCGGUUUUAGUGGGUUUGCUCUUUAUUUGUGGAUUGUGCUUUAGUGAAGUGUGCGUGAAAGAGUUGUUGGAGGAUGUGGACUUCCCAGGGUCAGACUUGAAGUUUGUCUUUUCGCCUGAUGCAGAACAUUGCCAGCUGUUGUGCACCCAACAUCCAUCCUGUCUUUUUUUCUCUUUUGUAAAGCCUGGCAUCACAAAAGUUGAGCGGCCUUUCCACUGCUACCUGAAGUCCUCCUCCUCCGGAGGGCCCAGUGCACAGGCUGAACUAGUUGGGGUCACCUCUGGCUACUCGCUCAAACCAUGCGAACCCCAACCUGAUACUUUUUUGCCCGAGCUGUACCAUGAAACAGACUUCUUGGGGGCAGACUACCAGAGUCUGUUUACUGCAGACUACGAGUCGUGUCAGAGAGCCUGCACCCAAGACCCUGCAUGCCAGUUCUUCACGUUUGUCAACGAGCUUUUCGCAUUGGAAAAGAAAAGAUUGAAGUGCUGGCUGAAAUUUAGCUGGCCAGUACCCAUACCUCCUGUAGUAAAGGCAACAGCCGGUGUGGUGUCUGGAUUCUCCCACGCAUUGAAAACAACAAACCACAAUUACCCAGCUUGUGCGACCAAGUUAUUCCCAGACACUGACAUCCCAGGAAGCGACUUCCAAACUGUGCCUGCUGUGUCGGCCGAUCACUGUCUGAGCCUGUGUUCUGCUCAUCCUCGUUGCACCUACUUCUCUUAUGCAAGUUUUAGGUGCUACCUGAAGAGCAACGAUGUUGACAUGGUGAGCAGUCCUAAGAAGGGAUUCACCUCCGGGAUACCAGCACGCCAUUGUCAGCUUGAUAACAGUUGGCAGUUGGCUUCAUUUGAAGGAGUCGACUUUACCGGAUCUGACAUCCGUUAUUUGUUGCUGAACGACAAGGAGACAUGCCAGAGGACGUGCACUGAAUAUCAUAACUGCCAGUUCUACAGCUAUGUCGGUGAUGAGUUCCACCAAUCUGAUCACAGGCUACGCUGCUACCUGAAGCGGGUCAUCACUAUGCCCGCCCCUCCUAAAGUUAACAUCCUGGCCAAUGCCGUGUCUGGCUUCUCCCUGAGGAACUAUCUGACUACUCCUCACUGAAGAGAUGCAAACAUAAACACACCUGCACAGGUGUGUGUGUGCAUUAAAAUGAAUGUGCAUUAAAAAUGAAAUAAAGA